GCUGCUGCUGCUGUUGAUAAUGACAGUCCCAGUGGCCGUGGUGUAUCCCGUGGGGCUGUGGAGGUGUCGUGCGGGGCCGGCGGUGCGCUGCGUGUACGCCCCGCUGCUGAGAGCGAGUGGCUCACAUGCGGUGCGGGCAGCCGUGUGUCUGCAUGUGGGAAGUACGCAGACCUCUGCCGCCAGCGUACCGCAAGAAGAGCAACAAGAAGAAAAACCAUUGUUACCACUACUACUAAUACUGGACAGCCAAAGGCGGUGAUGGCGGCUGAUGGUGGUCCUGAUGUUCCGGAGUGGAAUGAUUUUCUUGGAUCAGCAAUCUAUGAUUAUGAUUGUUUUAAUCAAUCAAAAAAUACUUCAGUUAAUGGAAUGAACUGUACUCAUUGGAAAACUCAUGGGAAGAUUGAUGGAAGACAGGAACGUUCCAGUGGAUCAGACUUAGACAGGCAAGCACCGCUACAGGAAGAAGAAUUGCUAGAACAGAAGGAGGCACGAGAUGAUUUGAAGAAUGAUGCGCAACAGAAUGAUCAAUCGCAAGUGGCUAACGCGGGUAAAGGAAGUCAUCGAGAACAAUCAUCUACGAAUCUUGAAAACCCAGAAAAGGCUGCCAAAACUGCACCCCAAUCUGUUGAAAAUGCCGUGGAUGGAACAGUGUUGCAGAAUACAUCAGUACUUCUUUCUACUACCGAGAGUGCACCUGAAGAGGGCAGCACAACUUCGACAGCAUCCACUAACGAGAAUACAGGUACCAGUGCGACUGCUGCAGACAUGGAUGUAAGUCCGAAAACGGAAAUUGAAGAGACCACUUCCACCACUCCGCCAAGCACUGAGAACACUACCACACAAGCACCAACCACCACUCCAUCUCCUUUACCCAAGCCAGAGAUCACCAACAACAUCACUUCCACUGUAAAGAACAAGGCCAGUGUUGACAGCAGUGUCAAUCCUGUGUGGAUGCGCACUGCAGCACCGCUGCUGAUUGUGGGUGUGUUGUUCUUCUUUACUGUGUGCUGA